AUCUUUCAACUUGCAUCAUCACCCAACAAUAUCUGUGACUUUUGUACAUGGUUGUUAAUGUUGAGGGAAAUAUGAAUUCCUUCUCAUCAAUGGGUAUCUGCAAAUUGAAUUAAAUUCCUAUUGAAGGAGGAUAGAAAACGAACCAAAGGGAUAUCAUAAAAAAAAAAAAAAAGUGAAUCAUGAUAAAUGUAAGUAUCUUUGUUGUUUAAUGAGAAAAGGGGUUUGAAUUGAGGAUCCCUUAGGAAGAAUGCAUUAUGGCUUUUCACCUUACCUUUAGAUCACAAUCAGUGCCAAACCCAGGCCAAGGAGCACCUUUAGUGGAGAGAAUAUCAGAGGAGCCUUUGGCAUUGCCAAACAAAAGUGCCCAAAGCACUGUGACAUGCAUCUACCAAGCGAAUGUUGCAGGGUGUUGGAGAAACGUGUCAGUGUUGUGGUGCAAAAACCUGAUGAACCACACGCUAAACCUGAAGGUCGAUAGCACAGGAGGUGAGUUCAGUUACACUUGCAAGAUAGAUGUGAAGCCUUGGUACUUUUGGAACAAAAAAGGGUACAAAUCUUUUGAGGUUGAUGGGCACCAGGUGGAGGUGUAUUGGGACCUUCGGUCGGCGAGAUUCUCCGGCGGGGCCCCCGAGCCGGUGAGCGAUUACUACGUUGCAAUGGUGUCAGAGGAAGAGGUUGCGUUGCUGCUGGGGGAUUACAAGAAGAAGGCGUACAAGAGAAUGAAGAUGAGGCCAAGCAUUGUUGAGGCAAUGUUGUUGGUGAAGAGAGAAAGUGUUUUUGCGAAGAAAAGUUUUGCAACCAAGGCCAAGUUUGAUGAGAAGAGAAAAGAGAGUGACAUUGUGGUGGAGAGCUCAACGUUUGGAAGCAAAGAGCCUGAGAUGUGGAUCAGCAUUGAUGGGAUUGUGUUGAUUCAUGUCAAGAACUUGCAGUGGAAGUUCAGGGGGAACCAAACAGUUAUGGUGAACAAGCAACCUGUGCAAGUUUUUUGGGACGUUCAUGACUGGUUGUUUAGUGUGCCUGGCUCAGGGCCUGGCCUUUUCAUUUUCAAGCCAGGGCCUGUGGAGGCUGAGACUGAAAGAGAUGAGAGACUCAAUGAGGGUUGUGACAGUGAUAAUGGUAGUUGUGCCAGUGGCUAUUAUUCAACUCUCAGCUAUGCUCCCUCCGAGUCUUGUCUUGUGCUUUAUGCCUACAAACUUGACUGAGACUCCAAAUGUGUAAAUGUAAG